GGAUCCCUUCAAGGAGCCAUAAAUCCCAUCUCUAGCAUACAGCUUUGAUUUUAAGCAUUUGAAGGAGCUAUUGAAUGCUAACGUUAAAUACUAUGUAGUUAAGCUAGCUAACGUUAUUGAACCGCUUUACAUCAUACACAACAUUGGGCGUGCUCUACUCUCGUCUUUGUUUUGAUAUUUCCCGCUAAGUUACGUCAAAGGAAGCGUUUAUUGUAUAAAUAUGUCUCAAGGUGAUGACAUUAACGGGUAAUUAAUAAGCAGCAGGUUGUUAGCUAGUUGUACAACUGUUGAAUGUGUCAAGCUAGCUUCACUUCCGCCGCUUUGAAGAGUGAUCACAAACAUGCACUGAAAGCAACCGGACCAAAGCUUCAAGAGGGUCGACAUGCGUUGCUGUUUACACACACAGCUGUCAAGCUCCUGAGCCUUUGGUUUUCCCGAACAGACCCUAAACUGCUUACAGGUUCACUUCCAUGAGAAGACUUUUUCUCCCACUAUCCCUGACGCAGUGUGCAUCCUGUUGUUGUAAGCCUUCGACCACCAGCCGGCCGCUUCAGCCUCCCGGCCGUGUUUCCUCUACCCACUGGGCACAAGAGUGAGCAUCCUGCCAGGAAAGCCUGCCAUUCACUCGCACAUCAUCUUCUCACACUUUACGUCUUGUGGGGCACUCAAGACACUUUGCAACAAUAAGCAUGGUGGUGGACCUGGAGGGGAUUAUCCACUGUAUCAAGCAGGGGGAUGAGAAUGGUGUUCAGUCACAGCUGCAGGAGUUCAACAAAGAGUACGCACAGUGCUUCUUCUUUGAUGCCGAGGAGAGGGAGCGGAGGAAAAAAAGAAAACUAGAAGAGUUCAGGAAGAAUAAAGUGAGGGACACCUUUGAUUCUGACUCAGACUGUGACGAGUACAAACAGGAGAAUGGAGACCUUGUCCUCAGACAGAAUUUAGCUGUUGUCCUUGUGAGGUUCAUAAGAUCACAAAUGAAAUGUCAUGUGUUGAGAUUAUGUCUUCGCUCCCUGAGGAUCCUCUCCAGGGACAAAAAGGUUCUUGGCCCCCUGGUGACCGAUGGUGCCCUCAUCACUUUGGCUAGAGUAGCCGGGCUGACCUCGAAUGAUGCAAGUGACGAAAGCAGCGACCCUGACUCUGAUUUCUAUGAUAACAUCAUCACUUCUCUCGCUAAGGCCAGAGUGCUGCAGAGUCGCACUGCCGAGGACGGAGAAGACAAUGAAGCCGAAGAGUGCUCUGCCUUUGAUGACGACGCCAAGAGCGACAUCAGCAUUGCUAACAGCGGAGACCUGGACACCAUCAGCUGGUGUGGGAGUCACAGGCCCAGCAUUAAUGAAUUGCACCAAGCCAGCGACCACAACAAAGUGCUUGAGCGUGGGAAGAAGGACCGCAGGGAGAGCAAGAUGGACGGAGACGAAGAUGAGGAGGAGGAGGGGGAGGGGUCAGGAGAGGAGAUGGAGAGGAAAGAGGCCAUGAAGGUGUUGUGUAACGUCGUGUACAACAGCACCUGGGCUCAGGAGAGGUUCAGUGCCCUCAGGCUCAUGUGUGGCCUCACAGAGCGUGUGUCCUCCAGUGCAAGCUCUUCAUCUCCCUCCAGUGUUCAGUUUUAUGAGCUACGUCUCAUGUUCCUCACAACUGCUCUUCGGCCAGAGCUCAGGACUCAACUUCAACAGGAGGGAGGUGUGUCCAUCCUCACUGCAGCCCUGGAGAGCAGCUUGGAGGCUCAGUGGAAGGACCAGUAUGAGUGUGUGGUGGGUCCAGAGGUAGCAGCUGCAGCAGCACCCAUCUCACUGGAGGCUUCUCAGCGUGUCAUAGAGAUCCUUAAAAUCCUCUUCAACAUCACCUACAGCACGCACAGGCAGGAGCCGAGUGAGGAAGAUGCAGCUCUCUACCGUCACCUGGUGGCGAUCCUGCGUCUAUGCCUGAUGAGGAAGUGCACGCUGUCCGAUGACACAGAUGAACUGCAGGGUCACACAGUCAACCUGCUGUCAGCGCUACCUCUGCAGUGUCUGGAUGUGCUGCUGGGGGCUCCUCUGCAGGCGGACUCCCAGCAGAGUAAGGGCGUCAACAUGGACUGUGUUCACAUCCUGCUGCUGUUCAUGGAGAGACGCCUGGAGUCGCGUGAUAAGAUGAAGGAGAAGCUAACACCAGUCCUCAACCUGCUGACAGAGAGCUGCAGGGCCCACAGAGAAACACGGCAUUACGUCAGGAGACAUAUCUUGCCUCCUCUGAGAGACGUAUCGCACAGGCCAGAGGAAGGCUCCACCGUGAAGAGUCGCCUGAUCCGCCUCAUGACUCAUCUGGACACAGACCUCAAACAUUGUGCUGCUGACCUCAUUUUUGUCCUUUGCAAGGAAAAUGUGAGACGGUUUGUGAAGUACACAGGCUAUGGUAAUGCAGCAGGCCUGCUGGCUACUAGGGGUUUGUUGGGAGGCCAGACAUCCAUGACCCUCCGUUCUGACGCCCAGUACUCAAGCGACUCGGACUCGGACACAGAGGAGUAUCUUCAGGUCAAAGAUCGUGUGAACCCGGUGACAGGGCGGGUGGAGGCACAGCAGCCAGACCCCAUAGAGGGCAUGACGGAGGAGGAGAAGGAGGAGGAGGCAAAGAGGCUGAUCAUACUUUUUAAUAAACUGUCCAGGGAGCAGAUAAUCCAGCCAAUGGGAGUGAACUCAGAAGGGAAGCUGGUCCCAAUGUUGGGGCUCAGAGAAAACUCCAUCACUGAGGAUGGGGAGCCUGGGUCAGACAAUGAUGGAGAAGAAAAGGAAGGAGAGAAGAGCUCAAACGUGGCAAAUGCUCACUGAUUUCCCCUCGUAUCUGAUGUGUAGAGUUGAAAAUGUUAUGAUGUUAGAACAGAGAUCCUAAACUCAGUCAGUCAUGUGAAAGCUAAAAAAAACAAAACACUUAUGAUGUAAAAAAAGAGAUCUGCAUUUGACUCGAUUUUUCAAAUUCAGACAAUACUUAAACAGCAGUGUUUCAGUCACUAGUUUGAAUUGAGAGUUAAGUCAGCUGUCAGCAAAAUAUCUUUUAUUAUUUUAAUCAUGUCUUGAAACUGUGUUGUUUGUAGGGGUAUUAUGUGUACCAUGAUGUCUUCGGUAGCGCUGCUUCAUUGUAAACUUUGUACAGGCUGCAUCUGAUACACACUCACCGGUUAUAUAUGAACAAACACAGAGGACGGCUUUCAAUAAACAUUUGCAAGAUCUGCAUCUCACUGUAGACACCCUGCUUUCAAUUUUGAAGAGUAUAUUUUUAGCAGUUAGUUUAUCAGAUAAUAAAUGUAAACACAAAGAGAAAUUUGAAUAACUUAGUACCAACUUUAUUUCUUCACACUGCAUGAUAGCUGUAAGGAAACAUACAAUAAAACGAUGGCCAUGAUGACUGACAACCUCUGAAUAGCAUUUGUCUGCAGUUUCAAGGUAAUGCUGUUUUUCUGUUUACCUCUUGAGUUGAGUGACAGCUCUUCUUUUAUGUAGCUGCUUGUCUCUGCUGCAGUAGGCAGCAUGGUACGUUGGCACUAAUAAAGCCUCUAAUGGCAUAAAAUGUGUGUUACAUCA